AUGGAACGCCAAAUCAUGAAAUUACAAAAAGAAACGAUAUUAGCGGAAGUUCUCGCAAAUGAAAGUGUUGAUAUUCCAGUGAAAUUUAACUUGGGUCCAUAUUUGCACAAAUUAUCUCCAAAUUGUCACUUACUAUUCACUGCAUUCGGAAAAAUACGCGAACUUGAAGAACAGUACAAUAUUGCCACACAUUAUGUGGGAAUAAAAUAUCCGGAAAUCGAGAUUCAGAAAGUCUGUAGGACCAUGGCAAGUGUUCAAAACAGAGAGAUUAUAUCGGUGUCAAAGACCAGGGAAGCAUACUAUUGUUGCUUCGUUCACUUCUGAUCGUAUGACUGGAUUGAUGGGAAUACAAGACAUUAAUAUCGCAUGCUGAAAAACGCGGGACAAUAUCAAAAAUUGAGCCUACAUGUUGACCAGUACAAAUAUGCGUGGUGAAGUACUUUUAAAAAAUGAGAUUCGCAGGAAGAGAAUUUUAUUAUACGCUGGCAUGGACUGAACAGAAAAGAGAUAUUUUGUCUUACGUACUAGAGUCUAUCAUUUAUAUUGUAGAUUUUAAAGAUUUUAACUUCAAGUUAUAACACUAUAAUAAAAGACGUUAAGUUCAUAUACUGCGAUGCUGCCGUAUUUCCGAGAGUAACUUUUCGGACAAUUCUUGGCAUAAUCGCUGCGCCCAAUUUUGCCACUUCAAGUGAUAUCCUCGGCUC